AUGAAGUGGGGAGCGGCGAAUUUUCAGCAAUUUCUGAAGCAAAAUGUGUCCUAUGGAUGGUCAAAUAUCGGAGUGAGCGUUCGUAAGCAGUACAGGGAUAUCGGACAAUGCUCACUGGAUCCGAAGAUUCACAGCCCCUUGGAGAACUUCCGUGAUAAAUGCUACAUCCAAGCCGAUCCGAUUGUCCUCCUCGAAAACCGAUCCACGUUCAAGAGCUACGAGAGGGAUCCAAGAAGUAAUGGGUCCUGUGCUACAUUCGGUGCAACUUGGGUUGAUACAACUCAACUGACCAAUGUCGGCAGGGGCAUGGAUCAAUUCCUCCAGUGCGCUGUUGGCAACAGGUCUAUUUUCACCGCAACUAACCCGGACAAUGCGCUCGGCAAACUGUUAAAACUCAGCACCGCCUGGAUUCUUCUGGGACAAUCAAGUACGGAGUGCUACAAGCAUCUCGGUAACAUCUGGCUAUACAAGAGAAAUCAGUGUAGUAUGGAAAUGUUACAGGAAACGUACAUAAUGAAAAGAUUGUCUGCAGGGCAAUCAGACAGCGCACUUCAACUCGUUGCCGAGCGAAUGGGUGGCAACAAUGUUAGGGACCUCAGCAACGUUAUCAUUUCUGGAUCACUUAUCUUGGCACCAUGGUCGCAUUUUAGCGGCAUUCACUGGAGCUCUUCGGCGGGAAAUGCAUCUGGGCGCAUCCUCUCACGUAUUACGUUAUACCCAGCGCCAGGAGAGCAUAUUACUGUCAAUAUCCGCACUUAUGAUGACUUACUGUCUACGACUAGUUCUAGAAUGAAAGUUCAUAUUAUCAGUGAGGAUAAUGUUUACAUGCUACGGUAUGGAGCAAGAGAUAGAGGUCUGUAUGAGCACCUGGAAGAGAUGUAUUUCAUAUCAAGCUCGCCUCUCACUGGCAUAGCACUUGGCGGCGAACCAGGAGCACGAGGAAACUUCCGUUUCAGGUUGUUGGAUGAUACUGCCAAAGAAAAGAAGUCUAAAGAUGGAUUCUACUUGGAUGUGCCAUUUGAGUUGCGACCUUGUUUUGGAGGCUUCUACGGCCCUCAUGUAGCGGUUACCAUAGAAUACCAGCCACUGACUCCACUGACUAAAGUGUGCUACUGUAUGAAUUCUACGGCGAUACAGAAGUGCAGCAAGGGUCGCUUUGCGCACAUGAAACCAGGCUAUUGGGCCGGUAACGUCACAACCAAUUGCCGUCGCGGCUCAGAAAAGGAACCUCUUGAUUGGAAAUCUACUGGUGAAGAUGUGGUGUUUGAAACGGAGAGUAACACUUCAAACAUCUCGCUCAAAGAGACGCAGGCGUAUGGAUCAUUCGUCGAUUAUCCGUUCGGUAUUGCUCAGUGCACGAAUGGACUUUGCAAGAGUAGUGCGUGGCUCUACAAUGGAUUGGGAACGCCAGCAUGUGUUGGUAAUGCCGCGGGUAUCUUGUGUGGAGAAUGCAGAGCCGGUACAAGACUGAAGCUAGCAUUAGCGAUUUCUGUGGUAAAUGCAUGUACCAUGUAUGAACGAGUACUCUGA